UAUUUCUGCAGUGUGUUUUGAACCUAAAUGAACGUUGCCUGAUGACUUAGCCAGUGAAGCUUCGAAAGCUUGUGUCAUGUAUUUUGUGCUUUUUAGUUGGCCCAAUAAAGAUACCACUGUUUUUGUGGAUUUAGAUAUUUUAAAAAAUAAUAAAGAACUCUUGUAUCUUUUCUCUUCCAAGUAACAUUCAAUUUUCUUAAAAACAGCAAUACAUGGGAUUUCUCCCUCAUUUCCUUGGGCUCUUCAUAACACAGUUUUUCUGCUCUCCACUCCAUGACAGUCCCAGGGUUUCUGAGCCACACAGACUGUAAAGUCUGAUCUUGUCCAUCGUAAAAUCAUUCCUUCCUUCCUCGUGUCUCUGUGGGCUCCAACCAGCGCACUGCAUUUUGAUAGAGUGGCCAUCAUUUGAGCUAGAAGGAAAGAAGCGUAGUAUGGGCCUGCUUUUUUACGGCCCUUGUCUGCCCUUAGUCUGCAUCCUGAUGGCAGCUUAUCCUUGGCUCCACCGGCUCUAUUCCAGCCCUGGCCUCAUCUUCUGUUCCCUGAUUCUCCUAGCUGUACUUCAGAAAUAAUGCAACAUAAUCCAUCAUUAUGAUUAGGGAUGUCAGGUUUAAGUGGGUGCCUGCUCCUUGACAAUUAAGUCUAAGUGUUACUUGUCUGCUUUAAAUUCACAUUAGUAGGGCUGGAUCAAUAUCAUAAAAGAUAUAAAGACAUUUAACAUGCGAGCAGCUCUGAUGGAAGGCAGGCGUGGUCAGGCCUAGAUUAGGCUCUCGAGCCUUGCUCCUGGGGUGAGGGUCUCGCAUGUUCCCAGAGCUCUUUGAUUAGAUGAUUUCUUCAGAAGCCGCUUGCCUGCCUGGUGACGGUGGGGAGGGCAGGAAAGAGAUACAGACAAACAGGGAGAACCAACUAUCUGCCUGUCAGCUUCCAUGCCAUUUCCCAAGAUGUUGGGACUCCACCUUGAGGAAAAACCUGUCUUGAUUUUCUGAAGUGUGGAUGCUCAGUAGAUACAUGCUAAUCCAUAUGCUGGUUCUGCCAUUUGUCUGCCCCCAAUUAUUUGGGCAGGGUUGCAGUCUAGUCGGUGACUACAACGUUUUGCCUUAAAUCUGAUGGGAGGGAGUUGUAACCCUUUUAACCAUAUGACUCUUCUGACAGGCUUUCUGGGAAAGGCUGGGUGCUGGAUCAGACUAGUAUCUUUGCCCAAGUUGAUGCUUUUGUCCAGCGCUGCAAGGAUCUCCUGGAGGUAGGUGGCAUGUCGCCCCAAAAGGCCUGUCCCUACAAAUGCUUUCACUUGUUUGUCUCAUACAGGUUUCCAGGAAUUCAUAUUUGAUGUGAGUUGCAGAUGUCAUAGGUUGAGGUCCAGGCUGGAUCUUUCCUACUGCAGGUCAGACCCAUCUGAUCUGGGCUCUCCUCAGGAUGAAUCCCAUUUGGGGGAAAAGCAGGAUAAAAAUAAAAUAAAAUAAAUGUUUAGGCUGCUGGUGGGAAGAGAGAUAGCAGCCUUGAGGAGAAGUGUGAUGAGUUAUAGUGGUAAAAAAGGCCCUGGCCUCUUUGUCCGAUAGGUCUGUGACAGCCAGCAGCACUUUGCACGCUGGGAAGAUGGCAAGCAGACACCACUGCCUUGCUUCUUUGGCCAGAGGGGCCCCCAGAUGGCCAGGAGCCUACUGGAGAUGGAGGAAACCUUCCACAAGUACCUAAACCAACUCCGGAAUGUGAAGGGGGGGAUCCUAGACGUAAAAAACACCUCUUGGCACGAGGACUUCAACCGCUUCCGUGCUGGUGUCAAGGACCUGGAGGUGAUGACCCAGAACUUGAUGAGUUCCGCUUUUGAGACAGUGAAAGAUGUCGAGCAAGGUGUGAAGAUCCUGGACAUCUUCCAGCAUUUGUCAUCACGAGAGGCCAUCAAACGCACCUUUGACAAGAAAACAGUGGACCUCUACAUGCUGUUCAACAGGGAACUCGCUCUGGUCAACAAGGAACUGAGCAAGAAGGUGCCAUUCCUCCCACCAUACAUGUGUCAUUACUCAGGCAUGGCCCACUGGGUUCGUGCUCUGCGACGUCGCAUUGACAAACCCAUGCAGCUUCUGAAUGCCACUACCAGAUACAUUGUCUCCUACUCUCCCCUCUCCCCUCCAGCUGCUGCUGUUUUCAGCUUGGAGCUUACCCACCACAUGUUUGGGAUCAAGCAAUCCAGUGGGAAACCUUGA